AAACACCCUAAUUCACCCCCCUCUUAGGGUGUAAAUCGACUUUCAAUUGGUAUCGGAGCAGGAAGUUUAAUCCUUUCACACUCAUCUUUUAUUUCUUCUUAUGACACAAAAAUUUAAUGAACUAUCAAAGCAUUACCAAGCCACCAUUCUUCAAUGGGGAUAACUAUGGCUAUUGGAAAAUGCGAAUGAAGAAUUUCAUUCAAUCCAUUGAUUAUGAUUUAUGGAUAGUCACUACUCAUGGUCCAUUUGUUCCCAUGACAACUGCAGGUGAACACCAAGUUCCUACACCAAUGGAAAAACUCACAACCAACGGCAAGAAAAAACUCUCCUUGAAUGCCAAAGCAUUAAACGUGUUGUUUUGUGCCUUGGGUCAAGAUGAGUUUGCUAGGGAAAUGAAGAAAGGCAAAGCCUCUAUCACCUUUAAAAGAGAAUUGGACAAAGUCUCCAUCGCCUUUAAAAGGGAAUUGGACAAAGUCUUCAUCGCCUUUUUGAAGGACAUCUCUUAGUUCCAGAACCAUCUACUUUUUGAAGGCAACAAUAUAAAUACAAAACAUUUGUUGCAUUUUAUCAUUCUCUUAGUUCGCUUAGUGUUAUGGGCUUGGCUGGAAUUUUAGGCUAGAAAUCAAAACAACCCCGUGAGAGGAUGAUGAAGUAAUUUUCUACUAAAAUGCAGAUUUAGAUUAAAGUCCAAUCAUUCAUUACACAAUGUCUCUUUUUUAGAGGAAAAAAACAGAUAUCUACACUUGGUAGUUCGGGUUCAAGUCCAAAUUUAGCUAUUAUAGAAAAUAUAUGUACUUAAGAAAAAAGAGAAUAUGUAUACAAUCACAUAUACAGUUCUUCUCGAAAAAUCAAUUUUUUAUUAAUUU